CGAAGAUUGUUUUGUAUUCGUCGAACGUAAUUGUUGAAGUGGAGUCGUGCGGAAUGCGCGACAGUAGUGCACGAUCACGACAAUGUGCCGCGAAAAACGCUAAGUUGGUAACAUUCCCGCGCUAGUGCAUUGGAACUUGAAACAAAACAGUGAGAAUUAGUUAUUGUACAAGAGAAAUUUUGUGUAUAUUGUUUUGUUUAUGUAAUGAACAGUGUAAAAUUAUAUGAACUGGAUUUAUUGUGAUUUACCUAUUGGAGUAAACGACGAUUUUAAGGUUCGAGAGACGUGAUAUCUUUUCCGGCAACAACGACGGACAAGAUGUCCAAUUUUCAACGAACGCGCAGCAAAGUAUGGUGGGGUGAUUCACCGCCGAACAUAGGAAGUCCGGUGGCCCAACCCGAGUGGAACCGAAACAAUCGCGCCCGAGACGAUCCUGAGUGGGAGCCACAACUACCUCAUUGGAUAGCCAAUCAGCCCGAUGAACCACAGAACAAAAGCGCCGAUGACAUCGCGCAACCCAUGCAGAUAAAUCAAUGGCCUCUGCGUCACGGUAGCCCUGGCAGUCACAAGAGUCAAGAUUCCGGAUUCUCGGAUUCAGACAGCUCACCUCCGCCCUCCCAAUAUUAUCAAUCACCUGAGGCUACAGAUAACAAUAAAUCUUCUAGCAGUAGCGAUUCGAAUAACAAUCAAGAUAUAACUGUGAAACAAGCCGCUGGUUUUCAGAACACACCAAAAGGUAAAGAGAUUAACAAUGCGGGGCUGCAAGAUAAUGUCAGCUGUGGCAUGCCGACGCCGAAGCCACGGCUUCGCAGCAGCAGCGUCAUACAGACUCCGUAUGACCUGCAGAAGUAUUGCGAAAUACAUCGAGACGAGGAGCAUAUGGAACUGUUAAAAGAUAAAGACACGGAAAAUGUAAAUAAAACUGAACAAAAGUUUCCGACACCCAAAAAUAUAAACAACGAAACAGCAAAUAAAGAGAACUCCAAAAAUAUUUUAAACAAUAACUUAAACAGCAAACCCAAGUCUAAAAUCGAUAACAAAGUAGACAUAAAAGUAACUCCUCCGAGUAACAACAUAAACAAAGAGAACAAAAUAACAAACAAAAGUGCAAUACAAAAAGAUACCAAAGACGUACCAGUUAAAAACAUUAAUGUUAUAAGUCCCUCGAAAAAAUAUCCGGCGAAGAAGUCAUUCAUAUCUAGCACAGAUAGCGAUAGCACCAAAGUCAUUAAAGUAGCUAAGGUAAAAGAUUUGGAAACUAGUAAAAAUAAAUCUGACGACAGUUUAGAAUAUUUGAAGUUAGAAGAUAAUAACCAAAUAGCAGUAAAUAAUCAACCUAGAGUACGUACGCCGAUAUCAAACGUAUCUUACGUACCUACUGAGCGAACUACAGCAUCUAAAGUAGAAUAUGCGCGAAGUUUAUCUAACGAGGAAGCAAUUCCUAUUACAACAACUCCAAAAUUCCAAAGAAAUAGGCUAAACAAAUCUCUGAAUUUCGAAGCUCAAAGAUUAGACCAACAAAUCCUAGACAUACAGGAAGGCUAUCACUCUUUAGGAUACAUUGAUGAAGAAACGAUACCAAACAAUGACUUAUCUUACGAUAAUGAGCAGGUACACAAACCCGCCAAAGCUAUACUCGGCAAAAAUAUCAUGGACAGUCUUCAUUUAAAGCCAACUAAGAAAGCAGGACCUAAAGCUAAACAGCGAAUGGCAACAAAAGGAGAUAGGGCAAAGGAUUUAUUCAGAAUAUUUCCCAAAAAGGAAAAGCCUGGAGUUGUUGAUAGUCUAGCUGGUGGCCAUUUGGCAGGUAGCAGAGUUCCAUCCCUUGGCUUACCACGAGCCAAAGAUCAAGACCAAUGGGUUAUCGUUGGGCAUCCUGAAGAGAUGUUGAUACCACAUUAUAACGAAAGACUGGUAGGAGCAGAGAGUGACUUAAAUCAGGCAAAAGACAAACCUGAUGAGGACCUUCUCAAAAAUGGGCGUGUCACUCCUCCACCGCAGUUCCAAGAUAAACAGAAGACUCCGUAUGAAUCAGAUUCUAACACGAAUAAGAAUUUAACACAUGACUCUAAAAGGGAAAAAUUAAAAGGCGAAAUGGAUUUUGUUGAUGUCCAGCUAAAUAUGGCUUGUACAUCAACACCUAAAAUGCUGACUCCCCAUGAGUUCUUGGACAUUCCAAAUAGUGAUAGGAAGAGUGCUAGAAGAGUAAAUCUUUUGGAAAAUUUUAAUAGCGGCGAUUACCAUUCCAGGAUAGUGCUGAACAACCGAGACGAGAUCCUUUAUCGAGAGCGUUCGAUAGACCAGACCUGUCUCGAGAGGCUUUGCGAUCGAAAGCCUGAGCCAGUUCAGUACUGGCUAUGUGACCUAGUCGGAUCCUGUGAGAACGAGUGCAUGACCACGCUGCAGAGCAAGCCACUGGGUGCUGAGAUGAAGGCCUUGGUGUCAGCAAGCUCGGCAACUAUCACUGGGAACAUUAAGAAGGUGCAAACACAUGGACAGAUUAUAGUGCACCAGUACAGUGAUGUGCUAAGGCAAAUUGAUGCAGAGAAACCUGGUGAGGAACAAAUCUGCUUGUUGGUUGCGAACAUCAAUGAGUUCGUGCUAGCUCACAGCAUUACUUUGAACACGAAGCCACCGGGAGAAACUCCUGAAAGAUGGGACAAGAUCAAGAAGUCUCUACAACUGUAUCUUCAGAAGCUGAUCGAUGUUGGAGAAGACGUGAAGGUCGAGUUGAACGAGACCAGCCCCGAGUGGAGCCUAGUCUUGAAACACUUGGAUACGUUGAUCGAGAUUUUCUUAGAGACUACCAAAGCUGUGCUCGUUCAACAGAUGAAGACUUUGGUAUCGAUAAUUGAGGAACCACCUUCGGAUAUGAUUCUGAAGAGUACUCUUACGUCUAUUGGUCACUUGGCGAUGUUAAGUGACAAUACUGAGAGUUCUUUACAUGAGAAAUGUACGAAAAUCAUGAAGAAUAUAACUGAGCUACCGUUUGUGGACUGUGCGGUGCCCCGCGCACUGUUGACGGCUAUCAUAGAGUCGAAUAAGAGCUCUAUAAAGGCGCUGUCACUUCGUGCCCUUGCAACGGUCUGUGUUACUGGGGAUGCUGUCAAACAGUUUGAAGAGGGAGGAGGCAUCGAGAUCAUUUCAGACAUUCUGUCCGACCAGUCGAAUCCUGAGCCCCAGAUGCGAGAAGCGAUCACCGUACUCACUCAGAUCACCGCGCCAUGGCUUCGAGGGCACUACGACCUCACACAGAUGCAUCUGUACCUGAAUUCUAUCAUUGAAAACAUCACCGGUAUUCUCUCCCGCACCGACUGCUGUCAACUACUUCUCCUCUGCACCGCGUGCCUGGUGAACCUGGUACGAGAACUCGAACUGGAGAAGAAGGAUGAUGACGUCAAAGCCAAGUCGGACAUAGUGGAGGUCAUUACGAAGCAUAGGACUGUGGAGAAACUGUUGGAAGCCGUGAAGAGAAGGGGACCUAAUAUCUCCGUCUUUUUGCAAGAACAAACAGCGUCUCUCCUAGCGUCCCUCUCGCGCAUCCCUCGCUGCGUGCUAUCGCUGUCGCGCGCGGCGGCGGCGCGCGCGGCGCUGGUGUGCUGGUGCCGCGCCGCGCCGCUCGCCGCCGCGCGCCGCCACGAGCUGCGCGCGCAGGCACGGCUGCACUGCCAUGCGGCGGAGGCUAUUGCUAGGCUCUCAGUAAUACCAGACGUGGCUCACCAAAUCGUGCAACUAGAGGGCGUCUCCCUCCUUACCAAGUUGGUAAGGUUGCAGAGAACUCGCCCCUUACUGGACACCAACCCCGACCAGACCCUCAUACACUGCCUGAAAGCCCUGAGGACUAUAUACAAACACAACCCAGAGGCAUUCGAUGAUGAACAGGAUAUUAACGACAUGAUCAGACCACAUCUUAUGGAGUCACUCAUGCUGUUUUCAGCUAAGAAAGAGAGUUACGUUUAGCUUGGCGAGGAAUCGAUUUUGAAUCGAGUGAUUGUUACUCGAUUGUAUCGAUUAGUUUAUGGACGGGGCUUGAGGAAAUGAUUGUACUAAAUAUUAUGAUGAGUUUAGACUCUUAUGGCCUUUCAAAUUAAUCCUCCCCUAGGAAGGUUUAUUUUGACUUACGGCUAUUUAAAUGGAAUGGAUACGAAGUGUAUAUUAUCGUAAUCGAUUGUUGACGUGGUUAAUUAAAUUUUAACCAAACUCGAAUUAAUAUUUUGAGACUGAAUUGUAUAAAAAUAUUUAAUUGCGACUUAAAAUUAAGUGUUUAACUUAACAAUUUUAUAGUUUCGAAUUGAAACUCAAUUUUAUUAGACGUCUCGAAAUGUAUUAAAUAAAAAUGAACACUUGAAUAUAAUUACCUUCACGGGUAUCUACUUGACCAUGAAAUAUUUUGAGUAGGUAUACAAAACAUUAGCCUUAACUUGGAAUUUUAAUAAAAUAAAGUUUUCUUAAAGUAUUGCCAUAUAUUCACACUUGACAUAAAAGUGUUGCUGUAUAUAAAAUUUUAAAACUACCAUAAGUACAUAUUCAGCUUUGUAAAUAGCUUUUAUCUACUUAAUUGUUUUACUAUUUAUGUUGAAUAGUUUAGACCAGAGGCCAUACUAUCGUGAAAUUACUUUGACUAGUCUUUAAUCAUUCGUGUACCUACCUAGCUGUAUAGUUACUCUAUUUAAUGGCAUUAUUUCUUUAAGUUAAAUGAAUCCUGAAAUGUAAAACAGAGGCAUAUAAUUCUAAAAUCUAUAUAAAGCCUUGUCCAAUCAAGUGCAUUUUAAAAUUAUGAAAGCACUGUUUACCGAUGUAAAGAUGCUUUCUUGCUUCCCUUGCUCUUGUAUGGAUGAUGUCUUAGAUAAACAUGAAGAAAAAAACUGUGCAUGUACUUAAGCAGUGUUUAAUAGAAUGUAAAAGGAACUUUUAAUUAAAUUCUAUUUUAUAAAACUUAAGGCGAUUCAUACAACAGAUGAUUCUGGAUAAGCGGUUCUCGGUUUUAGUAUGAAAGGUUUGACCGGAUUUCAGAGAUUUCAACAUGAGUUCCGCUACAGCGCCAACCGCAACGCGUUAUCGUCUGUGAAUCAUCUUAUAACUAUAUAGCUUAUUGUUUUAUAUUCCGAUGGAUUAAUUACGUGUUCUAUUUGUAUUUAUCACAUCACUGACAACACUUUAUUGUAAGCAUCGAUACCACCUCAAUUUAUCGUAAACCCUAGUGACGUACAUGUAUAGUGAUGUACCGAUGUAUGAUUAAUGUAUAAUUGUAUACGUAAGGUUUGUAAAGAAAUUGCGAUAUGCGGCGACCGCCACUGUUAUCUGUUUCUAAUAAAGUAUAUUGUCCAUUUAAA